AUAUGUUUGUGUAUUGCAUUUAAUGGGCGCACAACAGUUGUUUUAGCAAGUUGUUCUUAAGCUAUUUAUUACACAAGUGCAUCGACUGGUCUAGAUUCGGUAUUUCGAGAUGAGCGGAGCUGUCUACAGUGGCGAUGAUAUUGGGGCUGUGGUUUUGGAUGUAGGUAGUAAUACAAUGAGAGUUGGGUAUGCUGGAGAAGAGUAUCCUAGACAUGACAUACCCUCUUCUAUUGCUAUCUAUGAGGAGAAUUAUCUCAAGAAGUAUAACAUUGGAACUGUUGCUCUACACUCCAAGCAUCCUGGAGCUGAGAUCACAACAUUUUUGAAAGAUGGUAUGGUGGAGAAUUGGGAUCAUUUUGAGAAUAUGCUGGAGUAUAUUUUUACCAAGAGGCUUCAUACUGCUUUUGAGAAUCAUCCAGUACUUCUAACUGAGCCAGCUUGGGUGGUUCAACAUAAGAGGGAGCAAAUGGUUGAACUAAUGUUUGAGAAAUUUAAUUCUCCUGCUGUUCAUUUGGCUAAGGGGGCAAUGCUUGUUGGGAUGUCCAACUCCAGACCAACUACUUUGAUUGUUGAUUCUGGAGCUACCCAUACCACUGCUGUUCCUAUACAUGAAGGAUUUGUUGUAUCUCAGGCCAUUGUAAAGUCCCCAGCUGGAUCUGACUAUAUUCUGGAGCAAGCUAGAAUGAUGCUCCAAGAUAGAAAGGUGGACCUUGUGCCAUACUAUCGCGUCGCCAGCAAGGAGGUGGUGAAGCAAGAGGAAGCUCCAAUCUGGCGCGAAAAGCACUUCAAGGGCGUGACUGCCUCUUGGCACAACUACAUGGUAAAAGAGGUAAUGCAAGACUUCCAUGCUUCUGUUCUUCAGCUAUCCGAGUCCACUUACGACGAAGAUGUGGUGCGUACCUCGCCUACCGUACAUUAUGAAUUUCCGAACGGUUAUAAUCGAGACUUUGGAAUUGAGCGAUUCAAAGUUGUCGAACCGCUCUUCAAUUUAACUGCUAGAGUGGGUAAUGGUAUUCAACCCUCUUUGGACGUUAGCUCUCUUGUAACUACUAGUGUCGGCAUGUGCGAGAUGGAUAUUCGUGCAGUAAUUACGAUUGAUGUCAUGACAGUAAAAUUCGAUAUUGACCUAAUAUUAUUUCAGACUAUGUAUUCUAAUGUUAUCAUUACUGGCGGAAAUUCCAACAUCCACGGCUUCACUGAGCGUCUAACAAGAGACUUACAAUUAAAAGUCCCUCCUAGCAUGCGGUUGAAAAUAAUACCGCAGAAUGGGAGUAUUGACCGCAGGUUCGCCCCGUGGCUCGGCGGCGCCAUACUCGGCUCCCUUGCCACCUUUCAGUCGUACUGGAUCUCCAAACAGGAGUACGAGGAAGUUGGAAAAGUUAUUGUUCAUUCUCGAUGUUAAAUGUCUAUAAUCAUUUUACUUCCCUUUACUACAUGAUCAGUAUUUUUAGAUUUAGGUGUGAACUGAGUUCCUUGAAAGAAAAGCCAAAAGAUGAAAACUAUUUAACGGUUUCUGAAACCAUUUUAAAUUAAAACUCCUUAGUAUGUAAGGUUUCAAAGGCUAAUGCAUGAGAGAGAAUUAGCAUUUAUUUUAAUAUUUAAAUCUAUGUAUAAACAAACAAAAAAUUAUAAAGAAAACAAUAUAUUACCAGUAUUAAAAUGAU